UCGAACGAAAGGGACGUGCGCGUGCGCUCACUUCCUCCACAGCUCCUGCUUCUCCUCGCUCCGCCCGUGUUGAUAGCGGCUUCUGCUUUCACACGUGCAUUCUCUUCUAUGUGAAUCUCUCUCCUCGGAACACGGUUAUAAAACGUAUCCUGAUCUGUCGGAAGAGGUGUGAAGCCAUAGUAACCGACGACCAUGGGGGCUUAUCUGUCGCAACCUAACACGACCAAGACCUCUUCCGAUGGCGGCAACGGCAACAUGAGCUACGGCUUCUCGGCCAUGCAGGGCUGGCGCGUCUCCAUGGAGGAUGCUCACAAUUGUAUCCCAGAAUUUGAUGGGGAGGAGACAGCCAUGUUUUCUGUGUAUGAUGGACAUGGAGGUGAGGAGGUGGCUCUAUACUGUUCAAAGUACCUUCCUGACAUCAUCAAGGAGCAGAAGACCUACAAAGAUGGCAAACUUCAAAUGGCUCUGGAGGAAGCCUUUUUGGCCAUCGACCGCAGAAUGACCACAGAGGAUGUCAUUAAGGAGCUCGUCCAGAUCGCUGGGCGUCCCACUGAGGCGCCGCCCGUUGAAAAGGUGGCAGAGGAGGAUGAUUUGGACACAGAGGAGGCAGCUUUACUCCAUGAGGAAGCCACAAUGACCAUAGAGGAGCUGCUGGUACGCUAUGGCCAGAACCUCAAUGCUGUCAAGCAUGCCGCUGCCAUCAGUGCGGCUGCUAAGAAAGCGUCCUCUUCGAAGCCUGAGGUCUUGGAAGACAAAGAGGAAGGUGGGAAAGAACAGAAGGAGGGGAUAAAUGGAGAGGUGGAGGAGAGCAAUGGGAAGGGGAAAAAAGGCGAAGGAGCGGCAUGCGGGUCGAAGCUGCGAGCCUGUCGGAGAACAGGAGGUGAAGGCAGUGGUCCAGCAGGUGACUGUGGAGGUUCAGGAAGCGCCAAUGGAGAAGAAAAGGCUGGUAAGGCAGAAGGAGACGCAGGUCCCUCCUGCUCCUCUUUGUCCACUAAGGAUGCAGGCGAUUCCAAGUCCAGAUUUUUUGAUGACAGUGAGGAGUCUGGUGAGGGAGAAGAGGAGGGCAGUGAUGAAGAGGAGGGCAGUGAAGAGGAAGAGGGUGACAGCAGUGAGAUGGAAGAAGAAGAGGAUACAGAGGAGGGCGAGGAAGACUCUGAAGAUGAGGAGGGGGAGGAGGAGGAGAUGUGCCUACCUGGAAUGGAUGGCAAGGAGGAGCCUGGCUCAGACAGCGGCACCACAGCUGUCGUGGCUCUGAUCCGAGGAAAACAGCUGAUCGUGGCCAAUGCUGGAGACUCUCGCUGCGUGGUGUCUGAGCGCGGCAAGGCUGUCGACAUGUCGUACGACCACAAGCCAGAGGACGAGGUGGAACUCGCUCGCAUCAAACAUGCUGGAGGGAAAGUGACCAUGGAUGGACGAGUCAACGGUGGACUUAACCUCUCUAGAGCUAUUGGUGAUCACUUCUACAAGAGGAACAAGGCUCUGCCUCCAGAGGAGCAGAUGAUUUCUUCAAUGCCAGAUGUCAAAGUUCUGACUCUUAGCGCGGACCACGACUUCAUGGUCAUUGCCUGCGACGGAAUCUGGAAUGUAUUGAGCAGUCAGGAGGUUGUGGACUUCAUUAGCGAGAGGAUCAAACCAGACAAGAGCGGCAAUGUCAGACUCCUCUCAGCUAUUGUGGAAGAGCUGUUGGACCACUGUUUGGCCCCCGACACAUCUGGAGACGGGACAGGAUGUGACAACAUGACCUGCAUCAUCAUCACCCUCCGGCCACACCCAUCCCCUGGUCAACCAGAUGACAAGAAGAAGAGGAAGCACCAGGAUGAGGCAGAGGGAGCCGAGCCAGAGAAGAACGGAAGCGAUGGCAAAAAGGCUAAAAGCGACUAACGGCAAAGAGAAACUGUCCCAGAGGGAGCAGCUGGUCCUGGGCUAUCCAGAGACGCAUUCUGUUUAAUCCUUACCUCACAAACAUGAAUUCACCCUAAAACAGAUAUUACGAUUGCUAAAAGUUAGAUCGGCUGAAUUAAGAUCAUCAGUAUAGUUAUUUGUCCUUCGUUUUCAGCCGAUUCUCACUUUAACACCCCCUCCAGUUUCUAGGUUUUCGCUCAAGUUGGAAAGAAGCUGGACACAAGUUUACUUCAUAAAUUUAACAAAAACGACUCUAAGGCAUGUUGAAUAGCACAUACUUUUCCAUUUUUUUGUAACUAAAAGGAAGCUGCAGAACAAAACAGUCUACCAGACAUUCACUGCUCUGUUGAGAUCUUUUUCCACACAUGGCAUUUUCACCAUGUUGUUUUAGUAGAAGUUUGAAGAUGGCUCUCGUAGUGACCUGCCUCUGAUUGAUUCUACGGUUUGACACGUGCAUUUCCAUUGCAGUUUUGCAACAAUGCCCUUUGUGUGUUGUGGUCAAAUUACAAGGCAUUCAUUGUAUCUCAAAGUGCCAUAACAAUCCUAAAUUCUUUUUUUGUAACACCAUAUCAUAACCUCAAAUUAGUGACCCAAAAUGGCUGCAGAUAAAUUUGCAUUGUAUAAAGGUGUAACGGUAGAAAAAGGGAUUGAAUGAGGGGAUAUUAUUGUCUUUUGUAGCCUACAUCCAAGAUUAAAGAUGCAGCAAGAGUGCGCUUGUUCGUCCAGUGUGACAUUGAAUGUGUUGCGUCGCUGGUUCAGUAAACAAGAGGGACAGAAGGAUUUACAGUAAUAGUCCUGUUGCUCUUGUGUGCCAUUUUAUAUUUUCCCCCUAUUAGCACCAUUCACAUGAGGAUAAUUUGUUCAGUCUUGCUGGUCACGCAACAGCCCAAUCACCUACUUUAGCCUUUUUCUCCAUUCCUGCUUUGUGUCUCACAAAAUCUGCACAUUUCCAGACAAAGUAAAGGCCAGGGUUUUGUGAGCUUGUGUCUAGGAUCUGAUAGCGGGGAAACGGGCAGAGACACAAAGACUUGUUUCCUUUCAUGUCUGUGUGUCCAUCCAGAGUACGCCUUUGAUUGAAGCCCAGGACUGACCCUCCACACUAAGCUCGUCUCCAGGACUCCACCGUUCUCCACUCUCCCCGUUUCUAUUGCAACACCUUUUUAAGAUCAUCUUUAGAACAUGUGUUUAACCUAAGGGGGGUAGGGUAUUUCCAGUUAUUGGCAAUUAAUUUCUAUGAAGCAAAACAUUUUUGUGAGCACACGCCCUGACGCUGAACUGGAGGACAACUUUGAGUGGAAAUACAAUUUGAACUUCAGAGUACGGAGACAGUGUAGCUGUUAAGAAUAAUUGUCUUUAUUUGCAGAAGCCUCAUUAAAACCACAUUGUGUGACUGUACGUUUGUUGUACCAUCUUGUCACCAUGCCCUUUUUUUUCUGUACAAAGUUUUUUCAAUACUUGUAAUUGAAGAAAAAGAAAAUGCUUUCUUUGUAAUUGUGAGUUAAUGUGACAUUUUUGGUGCAUACUCUUUUGACACCAGUAUGUAAGUACAUACAAAUACAUUUUUUUAAAUAA